AUGGCGACCAAUGGCAUCCUUCCCGUAAUAAAUAUCAACGUCAACUACGAGGAGGAGAAGGAGAAAAUUUCCCAGUUCCUCACAGCGUUCCAAUGUGACCGCUCUGUUCUGAACCGAUACGACAGCAAAGGGGCGCUUGUCUCGCAAGUGCGAUCCGAGUCCGCUUCUCCUGGUCUUGAAAAUGACGUCGACGGCCUCAACGUCCGUGAUGAAGCAGAACACAGUGCCGAAGAUUCGGAAAAUGACGAGGACGAGCGGGCCCUGUGGAAUUCAUCUCAUCCCGACCUGACUUUUGCUUCUUCCCAGCAACGCAUUGCCAAUCGGGAUCUAGACACGCUCGUCAUUGACUUGAACGACCUUGCCAGCUUUUCCGCCAACGGACAGAAGACUUUUGGUGCCGAGCUGGUGCAGAGCAUCAAAGCCAACACGCGUCGCUACGUCUCGCUCUUCUGCAACGUGGUCGAUAGAUUGCUCGAAGAAAAGGUCUUCCCCACCAAGGACAUCUCUGAUAAGGACGAUGUCCUCGAUGUCAUUAUGGCUCAGCGCAGGGCGCAGAACGAAAAGGACCGCGAUCAGAGACGCAGAGAGCGCGAGGGCAUGAUGGGCAACACUGCCGGUGAUGCAGACGACCUGGAGGGCGCGGAGGAGGAAGUCAAAUUCCCUCCCGUUCUCCUGAGACGAUAUGACCUCUACUUUGCGCCUCAGCGUCACGACAAGCCGCUCGCCGUCCGGCAAGUCCACGGCUCGCACCUGGGAAAAUUCAUCACCGUUCGCGGGAUUAUCACGCGCGUGUCAGAAGUCAAGCCAUUCCUGCAAGUGGAAGCGGUCGCAUGCGACGUGUGUGGCGCAGAGAUUUUCACCGAGGUCAUGGGUAGGCAAUAUAUACCAACAGAGUUCUGCACCUCUCGCACAUGCACCACCAACAAGGUCAAGAGUCCCGUAUUCCCGCAGAACAGAGCGAGCAAAUUUGUUCCGUUCCAGGAGGUCAAGAUUCAGGAGAUGGCCGACCAAGUCCCAGUCGGGCACAUUCCACGAACGAUGACCAUCCACCUGAAUGGGACGCUCACCCGUGCCUUGAGCCCAGGCGAUGUCGUUGAGACUGGUGGCAUUUUCCUUCCGAUGCCAUACAGCGGCUUCAAGGCAAUCCGCGCAGGCCUACUCACUGACACCUUCCUCGAGGCGCACAACGUGCAUCAGCUCAAGAAGCAGUACGAGGCGAUGGAGCUCACGCCCGAGAUUCGUCAGCGCAUCUCAGACCUCAAAGGGGACCCUGCGCUGUACAACAAGCUCGCCUCUUCCAUCGCGCCGGAAAUCUACGGACACGAAGACGUCAAGAAGGCCUUACUCCUGCUCCUUGUUGGCGGCGUCACCAAGAACAUAGCCGAUGGCAUGCGCAUCAGGGGUGACAUCAACAUUUGCCUCAUGGGCGAUCCGGGUGUGGCCAAGUCACAGCUGCUCAAAUAUAUCUCCAAGGUCGCUCCGCGCGGCGUCUACACAACCGGUCGAGGAUCCUCCGGCGUUGGUUUGACCGCGGCAGUUAUGCGCGAUCCCGUCACGGAGGAGAUGGUGCUCGAGGGAGGUGCGCUCGUACUUGCUGACAACGGUAUCGCUUGCAUCGAUGAGUUUGACAAGAUGGACGAAUCCGAUCGCACCGCCAUUCACGAAGUCAUGGAGCAGCAGACAAUCAGCAUCAGCAAAGCCGGUAUCACGACUACUCUCAAUGCGCGCACAUCGAUUCUCGCAGCAGCCAACCCGCUGUAUGGAAGAUACAAUCCGCGCAUCUCGCCCGUCGACAACAUCAACUUGCCAGCCGCGCUGCUUUCGCGUUUCGACAUACUCUUUCUUAUCCUAGAUACCCCUGCGCGCGACGACGAUGAGCGACUCGCACAGCACGUCACGUACGUGCACAUGUUCAACGAGCACCCGGAGCUCAGCGUUGAGCCGCUUGAUCCGAUCCUCAUGCGUCACUACAUUGCGCUCGCGCGGCAGAAGCGGCCCGUAAUCUCGAAGGCCGUCUCCGACUACGUCGUCGGGUCGUACGUCAAGCUGCGCGGCCAGCACAAAGAGGACGAGGCGCGUGACCAGGCGUUCACGUACACCUCAGCGAGGACACUACUCGGUAUCCUUCGUCUGUCACAAGCGCUAGCUCGGCUCCGUUUUGACGACAUCGUGGACGUUGCCGACGUCGAUGAGGCGCUGCGCCUGAUGGAAGUCAGCAAGGCCAGCCUGCACCAUAGCGGUCGCGGUCACGAGGGCGUCGGCCAGGACCACAGCCACCUCAGCAAGAUCUACCGCAUCAUCCGUGAGAUGGCGUUCGCAGCAGGUGAGGCCGAGGCAGACGACUACACGAGCAGCAGCAAGUCGCAGCGUUUCGGUCACGGCCCGGAUGGUGAGCGCGGCGGCGAUGCGAUGGACCUCGAUGAAGUUGAUGAUCGCCUGCCUGCAGCCAAUAAGAAGCAGAAGGGAUCGACGACAGCGGGGCUCGGCGAGCUGGACAUGCGCGACGUACGCGACCGCAUCAUCGCCAGCGGUUGGGUUGAGGACCAGUUGACUGACUGCCUCGAAGAGUACAGCGACCUCGGUGUCAUCCAGAUCACUGACGACCAAAAACUGAUUUUCCUGUAG